ACAACAGUCAUGUGACGAAAGGUGAGCGAUUAAUAAAGCGGUUUUGACCAGGAAACACUAUGACAGAAUUGAUUAAAUGUCAGCUUUAGCAAUAAAUGCUUGUGGUGUUUCCGUAUCCCGUCAUCGCUCAUAUGCUGCAGUUCUCAGGAACUGCCACAGCUCAAGGUUUCAUUCUCGCGCGUUUACUUUCGUUCUAGUCACACAAGCGACCGCAAGCUUUCACAGACACUGGACGCCAACUGCACGCGAACAAAUGUCACAGCAAGACAGCACUCAAGUGAAGGGAUGCUUAAAUCAGACAAAUAACAGUGGAAACACUGGUGAUCAGUCAUCAAGAGGAGAACCCAAAAACCAGCACUCAUCCACUGAUUCUGCAGGCAAAGGGGCCACAAGCCAGCCCACAUCUACUGAGAAUGAAAGGGAAGAAAAAACGUGCCUGUCUAAUGAGAGCGCAGAGAAAAUGGCCAAAAAAGCCAAAUCUGAUGAGUUCCAAAACCCCAAGCCAACCCAUAGUGCAUCUGGAGAAAGCAGCUCAAACCGGCCCUCUCAAGGUGCACCCAUGGACACUUCAGAUCCAUUCUCAGAUGCUUCGGGAACAAGACCACAGCUUGGGAUACAGCUGGGUCCCACAUAUCCCAUUGAGAACCUCAAAACAAUGCAAAACUUCUCCACAGAGUUUGACAAGAAACCGAUUGGACACAUAAUAAUGAUAGAUAUGACAUGUUUCCAAAGAGGCGUGAUUGUCCCUUUUCAAAGAACUCAUGUUUGGGAUUCCAAAAAUGUGAAGUUACCACAUCUGUAUCCUCUGUCCCACAACAAGUCCCAUGCACCACCCUCUCGCUGGGAAGCCACCUGUCAUGCUCUGCGCAAGCUCACCAAAGGCAGUAACUCUAUUGGGGAUGCUGAGACCGCAAUAAUGUCUUACAAUUCCACCAACAAGGGAAAAUGGACAUUUGAUGCGCUUUAUCUUUAUGGUCAGCGCUUACACACAGUUGACAAUAAUCUCCAUUUGCUGAUCCCAAAGAUGGCCAAACUAGCUCUUGAGUUACCUGAUCUCAUUAAACAGCCCAUCCCUCUCCUGCGACAGCAACAAAACCAGGCCAUAACAAUGUCUCAGCAGCAGAUUUCCAGUUUGUUAGCAAAUGCCUUCUUCUGCACCUUCCCUCACAGGAACGACACUAAACCUGGUUCAGAAUACUCCAACUUCCCCACCAUCAACUUCAGCAGCCUAUUUGCUAAUGAGAAAGACCCAGCAAAAUUAUCCCAGAAAGCAGAGAAACUGAGGGCCAUAUUCCAUUACUUCAACACAGUGACAAAUGAAAAUCAUGAUCAAGAUCCAGCAUCAAAACCAGAUGGACUGGUUAGUUUUGAAAGGAUUAGCAUUCCACCCUCACAGCUCCCUGACUGGAAUAAACAGAAGAUGCCCCUGAGGAACCUUCACAUCUCUUCAGAAGGAUCCAUUGAGAAAGAGGGUACAGGCAUGCUGCAGGUGGACUUUGCCAGCAAAUAUAUUGGUGGAGGAGUGCUGAAGUCAGGACUGGUUCAGGAGGAGAUCCUCUUCCUCAUGAGUCCAGAGCUCAUCGUGGCCAAACUCUUCACGGAGAAACUGGCUGAUAACGAGUGCCUCAAGAUCACAGGUCCUCAGAUGUACAGCAUUACUUCUGGCUAUAGCAAAACCUUUUCUUGGGUGGGUCCAUACAAUGAUUGCACAAAGCGUGAUACGUGGAAGAGGCGUUAUCGGCAGAUUGUUGCCAUUGAUGCUCUUGACUUCAAGAACCCAAAGGAGCAGUACACCCAAGAGAACAUAAAACGAGAACUCAACAAGGCAUUUGUAGGAUUCCACGGAAAACCAGAAACAGCUAUCGCAACAGGCAACUGGGGCUGCGGUGCCUUCAAUGGGGAUCCUAAACUCAAAGCUCUCAUCCAGUUGAUGGCUGCCGCGGUGGCUGAACGAGACAUGGCUUACUUCACCUUUCGCAAUGAACAUCUUGCAUACGAAAUACAAAGAAUGCAUGAGAUACUGACCAAAAACGAUGUGACCGUAGAUAAACUGUACAAGUUGCUGAAAGAAUUUGGUGGACACUACACUCGUGAACAUCACUCGGCAACAGACUUGUACAGAUUCAUCAGAGAGAAGAUCAAACAUAAGAAUAGCUUACUGUAAAUCUGUCUGGCUUCAGCAGUAUUAAAUAUGUAAAGCUGCUUUGAAUGUAUCAGAUUUCUGAAAGAUCAGAAUAAUGUAACAAUAUAAAAAAACCUACUGUAUGUUAUGUAUUUGGACCACAGGUGUCAUAUUAAUUUAAUUGUUUACCUUAAUUAAAAUGUGUUAUAGUCAAUCACGAUUCAUAUUAAUUAAGGAAAAAUUCAGAUUGAUUAAAGAUCAUCUGAUAAAGUGCACAAGACAUGUAUGUCUUUAUUAAUGCAAAAUAAACUGUUCAUGUUAAAGUUGUAGUUUUCUUGCAUAAUUUGUAAGUACAACAAGCAGACAGAUU